AUGUUGUUUGAAGCGAUGGAAGACACGGACCCAGUGGUUUUCCCUUCGACCAAUAAGACAUCUAGGGAAUGUCUACGCAUUAAGGGUCCGGGUGCCAUGACCCACAGCUAUGCACAUCUGACGCAGUGUCCGACCAUUCGCGAGCGCAAGCUGUUGGCGCUUCUGGGGCAUCCGCGUGCUGCAGACAGAUGUAUGUAUGCCCCGCGCAGCAGACAGACGGGCCAUUUCUUGGAUUUCAACCUUCGCCUGCAGACUACGUACAUCAAGUCCAGUUUGGGCUGUGAGGGUUUGUCCCAGAUGGAAAUGAUGAAAGGAUGUUGGAGAGUCAUUUGA